AUGAAAGUAUGCGAACACAUUGUUGUUAAUAAUUUAAGAUUGUCUAAAUUUCAGGUACGAAAUACCACCGUCGAUCACGAGUCAUCCAUGAUGACAACAGCAACACAAACAUCAACAAUUCAUAAACAAUCACUAGUUUGGAAGUAUUUCCAACGAAUAAAAACUGGUGAAACAUUACAAGCAAAAUGUUUAAUAAAAAAUUGUCAUAAAGUUUUAUCAACACCUCUUUAUUCAACUACUACAUUAAUUCGUCAUUUACGUGACGUACAUAAAGUAAAAGAAUUUCAAGAUAAAGAAAAACUUGUAAACCGUUCAAAUAAAAAAAAAAUAUCUUCUCAUUUGAAAAAAAAAAUUGAUCAAGCAGCAUUGGUGGCCAUUAUUCAGGAUGGUCGAACUUUCGAUGAUUUUUCUAAACCAGGAUUUCGAAAGUUUCUUCAAUUAAUAGUACCGAGUAAGAAAACAUUGUUAUUAAUCUAUUUACUUUAUUCAGCUACGUCUGAUUUAGAUUAUCGUCCUCCACAUCGAAAUUAUAUUAAUAAACACUUAAAACGUCUUCAUACUAAACAUGCUGGUUCUAUGAUUAAUUUAUUAUCAAAAGUACCUUUUAUUGCUAUUACGACCGAUUUCUGGUCAGACAAAGGUUCAUCAUAUUUGGUAUUAACUGGACAUUAUAUAAAUCAUGAAUUUAAUUUACAUUCAACUGUAUUACGUUUUUCGACAUUUCAAAAACGUCAUUUCUCAGAACUAAUUGGCGCUGAAAUUCAAAAACAAUUAGUUGAAUUAAAUAUAUUUGAAAAAGUAACAAGUAUUACAUGUGAUUCAGCACCCAAUAUGAUUAAAAUGUUUAAUUAUUUAACACGUUUGGAUAUUAUUCGUAUUCGUUGUCAAGCACAUCUCCUUCAUUUAAUUGUUUGUAAUGGCCUUGGUUUAUGGCUUGGUAAAAAGAAAAAAAAAGCAAAUACAACCGAUAAAACAAAUUUAAUCGAUCCUGAAGAACGAUUAAGUCAAUCUUUACAAACAAUUAACAUUAUUGAUAAAGAAGAAUCAACCGAUGAAGAAUAUAGUGGUGAAAAUAGUAUUGAUGCUAUUGAAGAUGAAGGUGAAAAUGAAGAUCUUAAUGGUGAAAAAGAUGAAAUUAUUGAUCUUGAUGAUAAUCAAGAAAAUCAUUCAGAUGAUUAUGAUACAGAUUCAUUUUGUAGUGACGAUGAAAAUGAUAAUACAUUUGAUGAUAUUGAAGAUAAUUUUGAAGUAGGUGUUAUUACUGAUGCAAAUGAAUAUUCAAAUUUAUCAUCAACACAACUAGAUGAACGAAUUACUCUAGUUGUCGAAAAGAGUCGAGAUUUGAUUGGUAUGAUUAAAGAUAAUUCAAUUUUAUAUUCAUUCGUCCAACAAAAAAAAGAAGAACAUAAUCUUCAUAAUGAUGAUAAAAUUAAACGUUCAUUGCAUCUGGACGUUCGUACUAGAUGGAAUUCAACGUUCAAGAUGUUGACAACGUUGAAAUUAUAUCGAUACAUUAUCACCGAUUUAUUUCAAAAUAUGGCUAAUUUAGGUAUUACCAAGGAACAAUACCAGCGCUUAGCUGCUAUGGAGUUUUCAAGUAAUUGUUGGUACACAGUUGAACUCUUAGUUAAAGUACUCAAGCCUUUCUAUGGUGUAACUAAAACAAUUGGUGGUAGCGAGUAUCCUACUAUAGGUCUUGCUUUUCUUAUGUUUCGUCGUCUUGACAAAGAUUUUUUGUCAGUUGUCAAACCAACUGAUGCUCCAUUAUUCAACCAUAUGAAAGAUUGUUUAUUAAAAAAAUUGAUUUAUUAUACUGUAGAACAAGAUCCUUCACAAACAGAAACAAUCUUGUUUCACGCUUAUUUUGAUCCAUUUGCAGUCUCGGCUAUGACAAGUAGUGAAAUUAAUACAAUUGAAAAUGAAAUAAAAUAUUUAAUUCGUCAGUCAACAUCAAAUAGUCAAACACAAACAUCAACAGCAUCAUCUUCAUUUACUAAUACAUCAAACAUCAAUAAAUUUUCAUCAUCAUCGAAGCAAAAUGGAAAAAAAAAAUCUUUCAUGGAUUAUUUUUUUGAUACUUUAGUUGAAGAUGAUAAUAAUGAUACAAAACAAACGCAAAAAACAUCAUUAACGUCAACCAAAAUUAUUAAUAACGAAAUAAAAUUGUACAAGACAUUAGCCAGUCAAUUUGUAGCCAAGUCGGUUGAUAGUUAUGAACCGAUGACGUUUUGGAAAGAAAAUAAAUUAUUAUUACCAAAUUUAGUAAUACUUGCUCAAAAAUAUUUGGCUACGCCUAGUACGAGCAUAAAAUCAGAAUCAGCAUUCAGUAUAGCAGCAUAUUAUGGACGAAAACAACGUGCUCGCCUCAGUUCAACAAAUCUUGGGUUUUCUGUUUUUCUUAAAGAUAAACUAUCUUCUGAAACUAAUUAA